GAACGUAGCAUUGAUAAUAGACCACUAGUUGGAUUUUUUAAAAUAUGCAUAGCCCAGCUCAAUGCAACACACGUACCCAAUGGAGGACGCAUUGGCUGUUGCAUGCAUCGCUGUGGUUCUCUUUGUAGCUGCUUGGUUGUUCACUAAAUUCCGCAGUGCAUGGAAUGGUUCGCAAGCCCAGCUACCAAAAAAUGUUCGAGCGUUUAGUAAGAUUCCAGGUCCUCGCGGAUUACCGUGGUUCGGUUCUGUGAUUCAGCACAUCAUGAACGCAAAAUCCAUUCAACAUGUUUGUACUCAAAAAAAGCUGUUUGAACAGUACGGGCCGAUAUUUAAGGAGACUGUCAUGGGCAAGACCCACGUUUACAUCCAAAGUCCCGCCGAUCUUGAAGCCGUGUUCAAAGCCGAAGGAAAAUUUCCUAAACGAUCAACCGAUGUAAUGUUAACACUGAAGGAAUACCUUAGAACCAGGAACGUUAUGGUAGUGCCUAGCCUCGGUUUGCUGUAAGUAUUCUAUCCACAGGAUAUUUUAUCCCAACAUGACAGGAGCAUGGUCAUGCAAAAGUGCAAUUCUUCGUAUUUUCCAGUUUCGUUUUCACCAAAAAAACCAAUCGCCCAGAAAAUGCUAAUUUUUUUAGCCACCAAUUUUGCGAGUAAUUAUUCAAUCAGACCGGUUUGUUAUUUAAAUAUUUCGAAAUACAGUGGACUCCCGAUAAUUCGAACCUUCAAGGGAAAGAGAAAAAAAUUCGAGUUAUCGGGAGUUCGAGUUAUCGAGGGUAAAAUGAUAUAGAAAGUGUUCUGAAGAGAAAUAAAAAUUGGUUCGAGUUAGCGGGAGGUUCGAGUUAUAGAGGGUUCGAGUUACCGGGAGUCGACUGUGUAUAUUCCCGAGAGAGAAUUGAAACUAAGUGCACCUUUGUCAUGCAAGUUUUUGAGACAAAAAAAAUGCCAAAUUUGCAAAGGUUGAUGCAAGGUUUCCGAGAAUAGUUAGUUUACACAACAGGACGACAGACACUGAAAACGCUUGUGUAUGACAAACGUGACAGGGCUAUUGCUUUCGUGUUCAGUGCGUGAUCCUCGCUUAACAUCAAUAUCUUCUGGUCUUUGCAAAAAACAUCUGUUUAAAAGAAAGUGAAGUUUGGGGUACAGUUAUUUCGAACAAAAUUAUUUUUGGGAGCGCCAUUCUACAACACAUGACGUAAAACUGAUGAAAAUGCAUCAGUUUGCUUUUGUCCAAAAGUAUGCCCCGCACUAGCGUCCACUCCCUUACCCCCUCCCCGUUAAAUGUCCAGUUGACGUUAAGCGGCGGAAAAGUAAAUAGAGAGUUUUAGAUCCGAGUUUACCGCGAACCUCUAACCGCUGGAGGUCACGUGACAAGUCUUUCGCGUCACGUUUGAGGUUUACGACGUGCGUUUUCAACCUGGGGAGAUAGGUUUUCACGUAUGUCAUUUACCUGAAAGAUUUUAGCGUAUGAAUCUUGUUUUAUCCCACGUAAUGAUACAAAAAUCUUGUGGAGCAAGUCUUUAUCCAUUAACAAAGGCACAAAUACGGGCGAAAUGCUAAAUUUGAUAAAUCCUGUUGGAUCUUGAAAACUAGUGCCAUUCAUGGCUGCUGGUUCAAAAUGGCGGCCGUUAAAAUUGCAAGAAGAACUAAAGUAAGAAUUUACAGCUCUUUGCUGCUAGAUAACCCAGUGUUACCGUAAAUUUCUUUUAUUUUCACUGAUUGAUUUUUCUUCUAUUUCUAAGCGGAAAAAUAAACCAGAAUCCACUUCUUUUCCACCACCAAUCUAAAUCGAAUUAUGUUUGAACGUUGAACCGCAAACGGGUAACGGCAAACCGCGGUUAGAGGUUCGCGGUAAACUCGGAUCUAAAACUCUCUAAUAUGUCGACGGCCCCUAAUAUAAUAUUCGUCAGGAAUAGAUUGGAGAGAAGAAUUCAAACCAAUUUUUAGUUUGUGGAAGGGACUGGACAGAAAGAAGAAAAACAACAAACAAACUAACAAUACAAAACAAAAUGGCUGCGUUAAUACUAGCACCUGUUUGCCGGUCGAGAUUGAUGUGGAGAGUCAGAAGAGUACUUCAGCGGAAUGAGUUGGCUAGCAAUGUGUAUGAUUGAAUUUGCAAACAAUGGACAUCGAUUUCAUAUUAUUGGCUUGUCUAUCUUCUUCAACUCCAAAGAGGAAACAAAGGUGCCGACAGAAACAAAAACAACAAAUGGUGGGAAAAGGGUUGAACCAGGCAGUUGGUGUGAGAUCAAGAUUUGAAAUCGAGACACUUUUCAUGCUUAGGCCCGGUUCAGAUGCCGAUCUUUUCAUGAGCCGAACCGAAUUCAUUGAAUUAAGUACAUGAAAAGUUCGGCCUCCGAAUCAGUUAGGAACGCCUGUUUCAAUUUGGAACGCUCAGCCGUUCUUCACGCCUAGCCCGGCCGGGAAUUUCGACUGUGGAACGACUUUGGAACGGCUUUGAUUCAGACGCCGAACUUUUCACGUACCGAACCUAAUGCAUAAAUUCUUGUAAGACUUGACCGAAACUGGAAACCGCGCAUGAAAAGUCUCUGGCAUCCAGGGUACUCAAGCCCCAUUUACACAACAGAAAAAAAUGGGUCCGGACCCAUAUAAAAGUUGGUACAGACCAGAUAUUUUUGCCGUGUAAACCUUCCUUAUUAUGCUUUCAUGGAAUGGAUCCGGACUCGCUUUUUUUCUGGUUUUGGGGCCACAGGCGGCAAUGUGGUCAUGCAGGAAUAAAAGCUAAGCAGUUGACGAAUUUUUGUUUUCUUAUGUCAGAAAUAAUGAAGAGUGGGCCCGACUGCGUAAAGCAAUGACACCCAAACUUCUCCGACCCCAAGAUGUUGGAGAGAAUAUUCAAAGCUUUUGGAGAAUGACAAGAGAUGCUGUUAGUUAUUUGGCAAAGACUAGGGGAGAUGCUGGAUUUGACAACGAGAUUCCUAACCUCGAAGACGUUCUUCAUAACUUUGCCGCCGAAAGUAAGUCCAUUUAUCAGUGGUAGUCGAGGUCUCUGCAGCCUGUCUAAACCCAAUUGGAUUUGUCUACCGUAUUUACUCGAUUAAACGCACUGCAUAGAGGAAAAAUUGUCAGUAAAAGCUAUCCCCGAAAAAACGCCGCGCCGAAACCGUUGCGACGGUCUAUUCGAGGAUUAUGAGAAAACAACUGCGAACAACUUCGUAUUGCACAUCAUGCAGACAAUUACGAUUCAACCCCAGCAAAAACAGCGAGACACUGAAACUUUACAUAAUAUCCACAAAUGAUUUAUGGCAUUUGUUAUCAGUGAUUUGAAUACCUCUCUUAAAUAAACGCCACCCUUCAAUAGCGAAAAGUUCAAUAAAAGCUGUGGCGUUUAAUAGAAUAAAUACUAUAACAUGUUUGUAUAAAAUUUCUUUUUUCUUUUAUUGAAGCUAUGGGUAUAAUAGUAUUUGAUAGCAGAGUUGGCCUCUUUGACGACCCACCAAACAGCGAAGCAGUCGAAAUGGUUAAAGCUAUAAAUGAUUCUUUCAAGUUGAUGGGGAAAUUAAAUGGAGGACUGGAAUCGUUUCUUCUAAAGUACACCUGCUAUAAGACAUCUACCUUCAAAACAAUGUGUGACGUUCUGGACGUCGUUCUAAAAACCAGUUAUAAGCUUGUGGACAAGACGAUGAAGAAAUUUCAAGAAACAGCUGAUGAUGUGGAAGACGAUCAAGGUAAAUGAAUGCUUUGGAGCCGUUUAAGUCCUUAGUUUCGCGAAGGCCUAGUUCUGGGAUGCGCUGGAUAGGUAGGAAAAUGGGGUAGGAAUGGCGCACUCUGUGAAAUGAAGCAAGAUAACGACUUUUUCUUUUCAGCGGAGCGAAUGACUUCCAUGACUGAUGAAUUGCUGCUCUUUUCCGAGUCGAUCUUCCUGGAUAUACCUGGAGUAGCGAAGCAAUUUUCUUUUUUCUUUUGCCUACAUAUUAUAUCUUUCUUUGUUGCUAAAUCUAAACGAGCGAUAAAGUUAUCUUACAUGUUGUUUUUAAUUCCAGCUGUUCCUUUGCUGACGUAUCUUUUAACCAAAAGUGAUUUGCAGAUGGAGGAAGCAACUCUUAGCUCAGUUAUUAUGUUCAGAGCAGGUGUUGAAGUGGUAAGAUAACAAUGCGGCAGGAUAACAAAGCAAGUAUCAAAUAAGUUUAAAUAAUAGUGCGUUGCCCCGGGGUGUACUCCCUACAAUGGUCUAUACGUGGGGGCUCUGGAUCAAGUUAGGUUUCUGGGAAACUGCCCACCUAUCCCUCCCCUAAGUCAACAUUAACACUUACUUUUCACUUAGGGAAGAAUGUUGAAUUAGGGGAGGGUUAGGUGGGCAGUUUCCCCAGAAACCUAAAUGAGGUGUAUGAAAAGGCAGGGGAUUUUAAUAGAGUUGAAGUAUAUGAAAGGGUAAGAAUAUCUGUAGUACCAUUUCGGUCUGCAAAGAGGCCCAAAAGGGCUUACAGAUGCAUUUUAUGGCUGCGAAAAACUGAGUAGAGAAAAAUUUGUGUUUUUGCAAUUUAAUCGUAGUCAGAAAAAGGGAUGCAAAGUUCUAAACUAGGUAUUUGCAAGGGGUAUUAUUUUUUAAAUAGAAGGUAUACUACCAAAGGGGUACCUUUUCUACCAAAAAUGGUAUAUAAAAGCCGGGUAAGGAGUUAAACCUCCCGGCGUAUCCUCCCCAUAUAAAAUUUUGUUGAGCUAGGAGUGUGAUGCAGAGAAAAAACUCUCCUCCCCCAUCGGAAACCCAUGACAACGCAGACACUGGUCGCGGGGUGCGGUUCUAAUUACUAAACCAUGGACAGACUUUGGGGACUGCUAGGCCAUUUGAUAGAUUCCCAUCAUUUCGUUUACAAAACACUUUUAAUGUCAAUAAUUUUUUUUUAAUAGCUGAAUAAUUUAUCUUACAGUCUGGAAUUUUUUCUCAUAUAGACCGGUACCAUCGCUCUUUGGCUCUUGUACGAGCUGGCACGCAACCCUAGGGUGCAAGAAAAGGUGUAUGAAGAAGUAUCCUCAUUGAUAAAAACCAAUGAAGACUUCACUACUGAAAGCUUUGGAAAACUGCAUUACACAAAGGCCUGUGUCAGGGAAACUCUAAGGUAAGGACCCAAAUUCGAUACUAUAGGGAGUUCUCAGCAGAGCCUGCGUCAUGUAGCUGGGAGUGAUGUAGAUUUGGAAGUUAGGAAGCGAAUAAAGCACAAUCACAGGUAGCCCAAGCUCGAAAUAUGAGCAUCGGCGAGCAUAGGCAUUGUUGCGUAACAUUCAAAAUAUAAGGAUUUGUAUAAACCUUAUACAUAGAGAGAAAACCGUUUACAGUACAACCUAUAAAACGGCCAUAAAUCGGCCUGUGGACCACACAGGAGAGACGUAACACACAUUUUAAGUAAGGUAAGCUGUUUUUUUAAUCGAAAUCCUUUCAUUUUCGUAGGUUACAGAAACGAUUCGUUUCUUUCCCAUUUCGAAUGUUACGCAACAAUGCCGAUACUCGCCGAUGCUCAUAUUUCGAGCUUGGGCUACCUGUGGCACAAUGCAAUAGGUUUACACUUUAAUAGCUUGCGUCGUAGACGUAAUCUCACUCCGUUUAGUGGGGACCUUAAUACUCCUUUCAUCUAACAGUCGUUUAUGUUGACUCAGGAUAGCUCAUUCUGGUUUUUUGAUUUUUAGCAACGUGAGGUCACUGUGGCCGACAGUUUUAUUUACAAUGGUCGAAUUCGCGACCGAACAGAGCGCUUGUCGCGGAAAACACUUCUUUCGACAACUGUACUGAUAUCCAAUCAAACACAUACAAAAAUUCUUGGUAUAAAAUAGUAAACUGUAUACUUCUUAAUUAUCGGUCUCUUCGAUCGUCCAGGUUAUACCCUGAUCCAGGAUUUUGGUCACGUGUUCUCAGCAGGGAUGCAGUUCUCUCUGGUUACCGUGUUCCCGCGGGGGUAAGUAUCACAAAAAGUAUGGGUUAAUAAAAACAUAGUUAGCAGAGGGUACAAAAAGGUAAAAGGUUUUAAGAACAAAACCAUGAACGAGAAUGAUAUACGACACUAAGUAGGAGAUAUUGUGGCACUAGCAAACAACGGAGAUGUUGAGUAUUCAAGCCUUGAACAGCCCAUAAGAGCCUCAAGAUACACUGUUUCUUCUUGCCGUUGCUGGUAGAGGAACAUGUUUCACUUGGUUUUAGGAGACUAUGUUUUCCUAGAUGUGGUUAUGCCCAGUAGCCUAGCCGACGAGGCGACUUUAAUUUACCCGUGCCCGUAAACCGGAAACCGUGCAUCUUCAGUAAUGGGUCUAUGACAGGAAAUUUAUCAAAAAUUCAAACGGUGGCAACUGCGUCCAAAUUGUCGAGUGAAACCUAAACUUGAAUAACCCCUCAAAGAAUUAAAAGAAGGUAAAAAUAAGACAGCAAAUACAAAACAAGGAACGAAUGGACAAACUUGAAGAAGAUUAACACGGAUUGCCGCGAUUGUGGUUUUUCAGGAAAACUUGUCAGGCUAACAGUUUGUCAAAGUUCAUUUUUGCUGUUUGCGACGUUUGAUAAGGUUUGACAUAAUGCUUGGAAGGCAUUAUUUGUUUGAUUCAAAGCUGUGGUUUUGUUGUCAUCCACAAGUAAUUUUUCAAGUCCCACAGCGAACAAGGUCGAUUAGUUGGCAACAAAAUGAACUAGAGUCACUACUGGACAGCCGUAACUCAGCCCCUUUGAGUUAUCUAAUAGUGGAGAGGUUUAGAAACCAAUGUGCAACACUUUGUUAAAAGAUAGUAAAAAAAAAUUCCCUCAGUUUAAGACGAACUGCAUUGUUCUUUCUACCUAGGUAAAUGUUUUAAAAUGUUAGUGUCUUCAGAGGAAUGUGUCUUUUUUUGGUUGUCCUUAUUUAGGCAUAUUUAGCCGUUAAAAAACACCAAGCUCUUUUCAAAUGCGACGACAUUUCUUAGCCUUCUAUUCAGCUUUGAUGUGAACCUUUUUUUAGACCCCGAUUAGGUACUCCAAUUAUCUGUCUGGGCAUUCAGAAGAAAUUUUCUCAAAUCCUCUUGAAUUUAAACCUGAACGUUGGUUGAACACGGAAAAGAAUGGCCCUCAUCCUUAUGCAUCAAUUCCAUUUGGCUUCGGGCGACGCAUGUGUAUAGGUAGGUGACUUUUUAUCACACAGAUUUACUGCUUCUGCCUCGUCGCAGGUCUCCUUCUUUGCUCUUAUGCGGCGCUGUCGCCCCUCGUAAGGGAAUCUGACACAGUCUUGGACUGGAUCCCACGCCAUGGAUUCCGGAUUCCAGGUACUGAAUUCCAGUAUUUGUAAGUGGAACAUUGGAUUCCGGAUUCCAAUCGUCAGUGGGAUUCCGGAUUCCUUGUGCUGUAUUCCGGAUUCCAAAACCCAGGAUUCCGGAUUCCACAAGCAAAAAUUUGCCGAUUCCGGAAUCCGGAUUCUCUUACACGGGGGAGCGUUGGGUCUCGAGAAGAUGUGCUUUCUGUUUUUCGAAUUAAAGUGGCGCCUUGAAUCUAGGCAGCACCGCGGCGAUUUUCUCUCUUGGUUUCAGUCCAGUCAUUAUUACUGCUUUUCUUACUGACUGGCUCCUUUUUUUAUACAGGACGACGCGUAGCUCAGACUGAACUCUGCCUUUUGGCCGCAAUGGUAAGGAGCUGAUUGUGGAAUUACAAACAAAGUGCGAUGAAUAUAAUGGCCUGUGCUAGCUGGCGGAAUUAUUGUUGCUCAUGCGAGAGUUUCAGCGGCGAUACCGCCACUCUCGCGCAGCUUUGCCGAGAGAAGUGAGCGCCGAAUAACUUCUCGGCAUUUCAAAGCUUCUCCCCCCAGCCCAAUUCUCCGCACGUCUUCACAGCUCCUCUGCUCUAAAACUUUCCUCGCGCAAACCAUCCCGCCGGCUACGCAGGCUAUGAUUAUUACAAAUUGCUGAAGUACAGCUUGUGGAGCCAGCAUAAUGUUUAGUGUAUUUAGUCAUUAUGUGGGUUGGUGUGUAGAAAGAAGCUGACAUGCAACUGUUCUCCGAACAGGUCGUGGCGCCCAGCUAUUUCGUUUCAGCGAGAGAGCGCCGCCCCCCCCCCCCCCCCCCCCCCCCUCCCUCCCUCCUCACCUCAACUGCGUUACUCCCCCUCCUUUCCAAACGUUUCUUUGUCCCCCGCUUUUCUUUUUUCUGUUGUUUUCCCUCACAGAGGGUUUUUUCUUUUCUGUGUGGUUGGUGGUGUUUUUUCAUUUAUUGGGGGCAGCAUAAUUUUUUGUUUUUUUUGUCAUUUGUGGGGUUGGGGGUUAGAAAGAAACUGAAAUGGCACUUUUCCCCCGCACGGGCGGGGGCCCCACGUUUUUCUUUUCGCGGGGGGGGGCCCCCCCCCCCCCCCCCCCCGGCUCUCCCAAUCUUUACUUCAAGGUCUGGAUUCCCAGCCGUCAGCUGUAAGCCUGUGCUGGCUCCAUCUUGAUAUGAUUUGAGCAAUCCUCCUCGACUGAGGGCUCUGUAUUUCUGCGGUUUGAAGCAUUCUCUAUACUUAUUAGCUCUGAGUGUUUGAUCGAACUUUUCCCAUUGAGAAUUUUGAAAUUUGAAUUAAUAAGUACUCCGCACUUGUGGUUGUUUCAAUGCCGAGAUGUAGCAUAAUGAUGAUCUUAAGAUUGUCUCGAGAAGAGUCCAUCGAGAAUCAAGAAUCUUGGGCGUAGGAGGUCAUAGAUAAAUUGUUUUUUGAACUAAUUUCAUCCGGCCUCUUUGACUUUUCUGUCAAUUUUUACUGACUGUCUCAGGUCAUAAGUAAUACAAAUAUCCCUCGAUUCUAACUUUCAGAUCGUCCAGCGCUUUGUGUUGGAGUUCCACGAGAAGCCAGUUGAAAUAACAAGUGAAUUCGUGCUGGUUCCUGAUCGACCAAUGAGAAUCAAGUUCAUAGACCGAGAGUAAUUGACGCUGCGUAACCUGCGAACACCGCUGUCCCUUGCGUCCUCGUCCUCAGGGUCUUUUCAAGCAUACGUAGCAGAAAAAAACCAACCGGCGCUUGCCACGAGUCAAGCCACGCAGGCUGCGUAGGUUUUCUUCUUUUCCAAUGAAAACAGAGAAGUCCCUGGGGACGAGGUUGCCGUUGCUAGACGUCGGGGUCUCAAGGUUAAUUUUGACAAAAUCUAAGUCAGUUCGGUCGCAUUAAAAUUUUGAUGUUUUCUUUUUUGUGUGUGUGACAAAGAAGCGUUGAUACCGGGAU